GCACCCGCGAGAGGGAAGUGCGCUCUGGCGAGUGAGUUUCGAGCCAGCAGUCAGUUCCGAUCUUUCAUUAGGCAUCGAUUCGAACGACUCAAAGGAGUUCCGGCUGAUAGCGAGUAGCGAAUUGUAUCCGUGAAUUCCUCUGAUAAUCGAUACCUCCCUAUUGAUAGAGGUGUACUCCGAUCAACAUGUGAGAGAGCCACGUGAUCGGAUUUAGAGGAAAGUUCAACUAUUUCUCGGACUUGACAGCUCAGAUUUGAUCUCUGGACCAUGGUCAGUCUCGGGGAUUACGAUAACUUCUCGGGCAACAUCUCGGAGCAGCUUCUGGAAGCGAACGAUGACCGUGCCGCGUCCGAGACCGCCUUGAGCGCGAAUCUGGACCUGCCGAAUAACAGGGUCCAGACUAGCGCUGUGAUCGUGUUUCAAGUGUUCAUGAUGAUCGAUCUACUCGUUGCGGCGUUCCUUCUGCCGUAUUUCCCAGACAUCCCGGUUCCUGUCUUCUCGUUGAUCGUGUAUCUACAUUGCGCCGUUUGGGCUCUCACGUUUAUCCUCGACGCCUACCUUCGGAAACAACAUGCGCUCCUCUCCUGUUACGGCUUCAUUAAUUUCUAUCAGAAAACAAAGACACUCCGACGGACGUCUUUGAACAUUAUGAGUUGCGGCUCGAUUCUGAUGCUGAUCAUCAGUGUGGUGAUCGCCGACUACUGUGCUCAGCGCUCUCAAUGCCCGCCGGGCCUGGAUAGUAAAGUUUAUCUCCAGAUGGUUAUCGCUCUCGAAACGAUUAUCCUGCUCCCGGUGUACAUUUAUUAUUUGAAGCUUAAUCACGAUUUCCACAGUAACAAGGCCCGACCCGAUAUCGAACCACCGAACUUCAUCACGAGCAUCAUACAAGACCAGAACGGCGUAGAGAUCGGAUUCCGCGACAACAACGCUAUUGAAGACACUGUGGAGAAACAAUCUGACAUGAUCCGCUAUUUGACACAAUACAACACGCAUCUGAAACAGAAACUCGUUCGACUGAGCCUCGAAGUUCAGAAUUCCAGGAGGAAUGACCUUGUCGACUACUGAGCUAGAAGCGUGAGAAAGCGCGUUCUUUCCGGCGGUUCGGAGCUUCGGUUCCCCUCCCCCCGAGACUAUGGUGCCAAAGUUCAAAAAGAUAACGACUGUAUACACAUAGAUUGACGGUCUAGAACGACCAGCGCUGAAACGAUUACCUGUCCCACCGUUGCCCGUUGGCACCGAAGGGAAAUCUUAAUAAAAUGAACGAAAGACUUCUUCA